AAUGAAAUAAAUGAUAAACAAUGAGUCUGCUGAGUCUGAGUCAUAUAAUCUCACGUAACAAGUGUUGAACGAACAUGAAGUCGUGGGGUCUUUGAAGAUGAAGUCUGGAAUUGGAGUUGUAGUUAUACAUGUUUUGAUUAUUAAUUAGGAUUCCUAAGAGCCAAUUAUAUUUUGCGCUGUGUGAAUUGGAUUUCUGAUAAUAGGUAAUUUUGAUGUAAUUAAAAUGGCAGAAGAAAACCAGAGCGAAUUUGUGAGCAGAGAAUACCAAGUAGAGUUGUUCCAGCAGGCUAUUAAGAAAAAUUUGAUACUGUAUCUUCCAACAGGGUCUGGAAAAACAUUUAUUGCAACCCUUUUGAUAAAGCACUAUUGGAAAGACUCUACUCUAAAGAGCAUUGAUGAAGGUGGAAAAAGGACAUUCUUCUUAGUGAACACAGUGGCUUUGGUUGAGCAACAGGCUUCUCAAAUUGGUUUUCAAACCAUUCUUAAUGUUGGUAAAUAUAGCGGAGAUAUGGGAGUAGAUCUUUGGGAGCCAUCAGUGUGGCGGAAAGAAAUUGACGAGAAGCAUGUACUUGUGAUGACAGCACAAAUCUUUGUGGACCUUCUUCAAAAUUUUAUAAUAUCUUUGAAGAAUGUGAAUCUGAUUAUAUUUGAUGAAUGUCACAGAGCUGUGUCAAACCAUCCUAUGCGGCAGGUGAGUGAUCUUGUUCUUAUGUUGGUUAUAGUUUUGUAAGUAAGCUUCCUUAGU